AUGGAGGAAACAAGUUGCAUUCCAGCCUAUAAAAACAUAAAUACCGACGAGUUGUACAGACAACAAGAAGACUAUGCAUUUGUUAAUGAUAUAAUAGCCAAACCAUUUUUUUAUGACCCGUAUUUUAAGCAAGAGCAUAUUGGUCCUUAUAUUAAGGAAUAUUAUCAGAGUUACAAAUCCAAUACGACUAUGAAGAAUUCUGUAUAUUCACCAGUUAUUAUGUCACAACAAAAAUUAAAUAAGCAAUGUAAUCCAUUUGUAUCGUACCCAUACGGUGUUCCCGUGGGUGUAGAAUAUCAAAUAUGUUCCAAAUGUAAAUGCAAAAAAAGUAACAGGAAUAAAAAAAAUGAAAAUAAAAAAGAUCAAAACGCCCAAACAUCAAAGAAAAGUUUCGAAAAUAAUUCCAUACUUUUAGUUUCAAAUUCAUACGAUGAAAACAUUUCCAAUACUCAUACAUAUGUUAAUAAAGAAAGUUGCUUUGAUACAUUUGAUGAAAUAUCUAUUACAAAAUUUUCAAUGGAAAGCGAUGACAUGAUACCACUUGAAAUUAAUAAUCAUGAAAAAUUACUCUCAAAUAACUUGGAAACAAUAUAUUUAGGGGAAUGUAAAGAAAGCAAAGAUCAAAAAAAAUUUCUAGAUGCACAUGACGAACGUACUGUCAAAAAAAAUGACAACCUAUUUGAAAUUUGUGAUCAUGACUACAAAUUGAAGUAUUAUCCUAGUAAUAAUGAAAAUGGAUAUACACUCCCAAAGGAAGAAAUCGAAAUAGAUUAUAGGAAAGAAAUUAUAAAGUACAAUAAUGUUCAUUUCAAUAGCAAUGAGCACAAUAAAUAUAGCCCAAAUGAAAAAUAUUUUAACACAGACACUUCCAAUUUGGAAAGGUAUUCUUUUCCAUAUACACCAGAAAACAGAAAUGCAAAACAACAAAAUGAUACUCAAAAAAGUAUAAAUGAAAAAUACAUAGGCAAGCAUAAUGAUAGUGAAAAAAUACAUCAAAUUAAUGACGAAAAAGUCAAGAAUAAAAAAAGUAAAGAAUGUGAAAUAAUAAAAAAAAAUCGGGACAAUAUAGAUGAUGAUACGAAUGAAAAUUUUAGUUCAGAACAAAUAAAGACACCAAAUACUAAAGAAACGAGUACAAAGAAUAAUUUAAAGCAGGGGGGAAACUCAAAAUACUCUACAAAACAGGUAAAAAUAUGUGAAGAUGAAAACAUUUUAAAUAAAUACAGUGUUAUGAAUAGUUUAAAAAAAAAAACAGUAUCAAAAGAAAGUUUAAAAGAAAAACCAAUACAAAAAAUUUCACAUGAUAUUCAAGAAAAUGAAAUAAAUGAAAAUGUGGAAUAUUAUGGUAGGGCUUGUAAAUUUAAUAAUUCUAAAAAUGAACUCCCCAAAAAAGGUGUCAUAACAAUAAAAAAGGGUAAAGUAGGGCACAAUAACAAUGAGGAUAUAUCUUUGAUGAAUGAAAAUUAUAAUAAAUAUUCUCAUUCUUCGUCAAAAAAAAUGGCAAAGCAUAGAAAAUCUUUUAUUGAAAAAGAUAAUACUACAAUAAAAAAGAAGGGCGAUAAAAAAGAGCUUAAUUAUGGAAGAUCAAAGUUAGCUAUUUCUAGAACCAAAUCACUUAAAGUAAAAAGAGGUGGUACUAUAAGUUUUCCACCAAAAAAUUAUAAUUUAUUUCAAAAAAAAAAAAGCAUUUUGAAUAAACAAAAAUCUAUGAUUGAAACACAAUUUAAAAAACAAAACACUAUGUCGUUAAAAAGAAAAAAAACAUUAUCCAAAUUAAAUCCUACAAAGCAACCAUAUAAAAUUUUCUUAAACAAAAAAAAAGUUAUAUGCACACAAAAAAGUCUUCAUGGAUUAGAUAAUAAGAAAAAUAAAAAUUUGGAACCCAAUUCUAAAAAAAUGCUUUCAAGAUCAAAAACAAAGGUUUAUGUUGAUAAUGAUACGAAAGUUUUCAAAAAAGUUGACGUUAAAAUGGUUUCAAAAAAUAUAUUCAAUCCAAACUUAUCUAUAGAAAGUUACAAUAAUAAUGAAACUGAUAAUAAAAAAGGAGACACUGCUGUUUCUCAAAAUACAUUGAAUGAUGAAUUAGACAAUAAUUUGAAUAAGGUUGAUAGUAUAUCGUCAAAAAAUAAAGGAGAAAAUGAAAUUGUAAAAAAAAAACUAGAUAAUUCUAACGCAAACAAGAUGGGUAAUAUCUCUAUGAGAAAUAGGUUAGAUACUAAUUCCAUCAGAAAUAAAGUGAAGAAUAAAAAAAAAGAAUUAUUUGACAACAUUAUAUCUUUAACUAAAAACAUGAAAUAUCAGCCAUUAAAAAAGAAAUACAACAAUAAAAUAGACCCAAGUGAUUUGCUAUCCAUAGAAUCUAACAAUAGUUCCGAUGCACAUUUUUAA